AACAAAAACCUCUGGAGCUGUGCGAGAGUCCAACUGCCCAGCGCUGGCUUUUAUCACAUGCUGGGACAGGGAUCACGUGGAGAGGCGGAGAGUCAGCCCUGCAGAGCCCGGGUGGCACCGUGGUGGCGGUGCUGGGGUCUGGGGAGCUUCUGCCCCGAUGGCAUCCGUAAGCCAACAUCAGAUCCAGCAGUUCCACAAGGAUGGCUUCCUUGUCCUGGAGCAGUUUUUCAGUGCAGAGGAGUGUGACAGCAUGAGGAGUCAGAUCCAGAAGAUCAUCGCGGAGAUGGAAGUGCCGCCGCACUGCCGCACCGAGUUCUCCACCAGGCAGGAGGAGCAGCUGCAGGCUCAGGGUAGCUCGGAUUAUUUCCUAAACAGUGGAGACAAGAUUAGAUUCUUCUUUGAGAAAGGUGUUUUGGAUGAGAAAGGUAACUUUCUAAUUCCAAAGGAGAAGUCUGUCAGCAAGAUUGGCCAUGCUCUACAUGCUUAUGAUCCUGUCUUCAAGCAAAUCACCCACUCCCCCAAGGUGCAGGAACUGGGGAGAAAACUAGGCCUUGAGAGACCAGUAGUUGUGCAGAGCAUGUAUAUCUUCAAGCAACCUGGCAUUGGUGGUGAAGUGACACCACACCAGGAUGCCACCUUCCUGCACACGGAGCCUCUGGGCAGGAUCCUGGGCUUCUGGAUCGCCCUGGAAGAUGCCACACAGGAGAAUGGCUGUUUGUGGUUCAUCCCUGGCUCUCACACCAAUGGGAUUACCCGGAGGAUGGUCCGUGCAGCUUCAGGUGCCUCCACGUGUGUAGAGUUUGUAGGCUCAGAGCCAGCCUAUGAUGACAAGCAGUUCAUACCUCUGCCUAUAAGUAAAGGGGGGCUCAUCCUCAUCCAUGGCGAGGUUGUCCAUAAGAGUGAGCUCAACAGCUCGGAGUCUUCUCGCCACGUGUUCACCUUCCACGUGAUGGAAGCCAAGGGCACCACCUGGAGCAAGGAGAACUGGCUUCAGCCAACUCCUGAACUGCCUUUUCCAUCGCUCUACACUUGAAGUUAGUGAUGGGUUUGUGGAGUCAACAGCUGACCAAUAUUCCUUUCUGAUUGUUCAUUCCUGGUCUCUUUAAAAACAACCUUCACUAGAUCAGCUCCCAGCAUUCAUUCAUCCUCCUCCUGGAAACCAGGACCAUUAUCACAGCCCAAAACCUGCAGUAGACAGAAGCUUCUACUGCAGCAGAAGCCCUGCCAGUAUGAGAGUAAUCACCCAGUCCUUUUGGUAAGGAAACACCUUCAGUCUUGAAAACAAACCAAUUAAGACCAUUGCACCUUGACUGGGACCACUUACCAAGUGUUUCUCCUUGCAGAUACUCAGUAUUUUCUUGUGUUUAAGAGCUUAAGUGCAUUUCUUGGCUGGUUGACUCCAGCCAUGCAGGUGAAUGUUGUGGGGUGAAGUUUGACUUUCACCCCUAGGUUUCUGUUUUAUUGUUCAAAUAACAGUGAUGUAAAACAAUCCUGUUGUGGGUAAAAUGAAGCAGGAGGUCUGCUUUUUAUCAUCAGUCUUCUAAAUACUUCUGGCAGACAGUAGCUGUGUGUUUUAUCUCUGAAUGUGAUUAAAAAUGUGACAAUUUUUAAAGAUUCCUGUCAAAAUGAUGGAAACAACCUCAAUCAAACUCUUUACACUUAAAUAAAAAGAUAGAAAUUC